UGUGUUUUCUAUCAUGUCUGGUCGCGGAAAGCAAGGAGGCAAGGCCCGCGCCAAGGCCAAGUCGCGUUCGUCCCGCGCCGGCCUGCAGUUCCCGGUGGGGCGCGUGCACCGGCUGCUGCGCAAGGGCAACUACGCGGAGCGCGUGGGCGCCGGCGCGCCCGUGUACAUGGCGGCCGUGCUGGAGUACCUGACGGCCGAGAUCCUGGAGCUGGCGGGCAACGCGGCCCGCGACAACAAGAAGACGCGCAUCAUCCCGCGCCACCUGCAGCUGGCCAUCCGCAACGACGAGGAGCUCAACAAGCUGCUGGGCAAAGUGACCAUCGCGCAGGGCGGCGUCCUGCCCAACAUCCAGGCGGUGCUGCUGCCCAAGAAGACCGAGAGCCACAAGGCCAAGAGCAAGUGA